AUGGCAUUAGAAAGUGUGGUCCGAAAAAUGUCAAACAGAGAAGCCUGGUCACUUGAUAGAGGACUGCUACUUGCAUACGCAGAUGAUAUUAUAAUCACUGGAAAUACUCGAGCAGAAGUUCAAAUGAAUAUGAAGAAAUUAAUGAAGGCAAGUAAAAAUAUAGGUCUAGUAGUAAAUGCGGAGAAGAUAAAAUACAUGGUAGUAACAAGAGGACCAGAGGAUAGCUCCAACCUUAAAAUAGAAAAUAAUGAUUUCGAACAAGUUAAAGAAUUUAGGUACCUUGGAGUAACUCUAAACAACAAAAAUAUUAUGCAUGAAGAAAUAAAUGUGAGGCUGAAUGCAGCAAAUCGAUGUUAUUUCGCAAUGGAGACCCUCUUUAAAUCAAAAACGCUAUCGAAAAAAUUCAAAGAAAAACUUUAUGUAAGCUACAUAAGACCAGUACUGACUUAUGCAUGUGCCACAUGGUCCUCAACUAAAGGUGACGAAGAAAAACUAAGAAGAUUUGAAAGGAAAAUCCUAAGAAGAAUACAAGGUCCAGUAUUUAAUACCGAAACACAACAAUGGGAAUUGAGAUCGAAUGCCCAGUUAGAAAACUUAUACAAAAAGGAAAAUAUUGAGCAAUUUAUUAAAAGUAUAAGAAUGCAAUGGGCCGGACAUGCGUGA